AUGCUUCAACAACAAAACAUCAUCACCGUUCAAAACCCUGACCACAUCAUCAAUCUACCAGAUUCCACCGUUCAAAACCCUGACCACAUCAGCAAUCUACCAGAUUCCAUCCUUCACUGCAUCCUCUCCUUCUUGCAUGCCACCGAUGCAGUGAAGACGGUCCUUCUAUCAAAAAGGUGGGCCCAUCUGUAUACUUCCACCCCAAAUCUACACUUCCAAAAAUCCCGUCUCUGCAAACGAAACGACAACGAUUUCGUAUCCUUCGUCAACCAAGCUUUGAUUCUCUACGAAAGCCCUACCAUUCAGGAAUUCCAUCUCGUCUUCUAUUAUAAAGGUAAGUUUUAUACCCCCAUCAUUGAUGACUGGAUCCGCUUCGCAUUGUGGAAAAAGGCCCGAGUAAUCCAUCUCGAACUCUCCGGUGAUGGUUUUUCAAAUUGGGGCUAUUGGAAGUUUGUUGGGAUUGACUCAUACUCAUUGCCCCUUGAUUCGUUCAAUAACGAUUCGUUGACAGAGCUGAGGCUCAAUUCCGUCAACAUCAAUCCGCCCAUGAUUGUUUCUUGGAAAAACAUGAAGAAGUUCUCUUUGGAACAGACCAGUAUGGCGGAUUAUGAGAUGGAACGGGUUUUGAAUGGAUGCCUGGUGCUCGAAGAAUUGUUUCUUGGAAAAACAUGA